UUCCUAUCCCCCUCUGGUGGCUGUCUCCAGCAAAACUCCAGUAAAGUGGACUGUCCUGGUCUGGCACUCUAAAGUACUCAUGUGCCUUUGUGCCUGUGGGAAGGCACGACAGAUCUUUCCACUUCACUUCGUCUCGUCUUGGCCAAGCAAUUCCACCAAAAAAGCCAAGCUAUUCGUACGCCAGCAAGAGAAGAAAAAGGGUCCUUUUCCUCCUUCUACUUCUGCCUCACCUCUGCAACCAAUACCAACCAACUAUUCGAACAAAUCCCCGACCACUCUUCGUUUCUCUCUCGCUUCCACAACUGGGACUCCCAAAUUCGUCACCGAGACCUUGCGAAAACGAACCGUCGCCCACGCUUGCGACACCACCAACCAGACCACCCUACCCGCGAUUCACGACAAGAUGGACCUCAAUUUCCAACUUGCCGCCCGUCAGGUUUCUGCCUGUGCUCUGUAGAGACACGCAAAGGGACAUCUUUCAACAUUGCCUCUUGUCCCACGGGAGGAAAAACACCAAUACACGCUUUUCAACACUCCUCAAAAAAUAAACUACCAACCGACACCUUGUACCGCUUCGCUCACACGACCUCUUACCCUUUC